AUGUCCAACACCUCAUCAGAAUCCAAACUUGCCACCGCGAAAACCAUCCUCUCCGCCGUCGGCUCCGCCGCCGCCGCCGCCGUCCUGAUCCGCAGCAUCGCCCACGACCUCCUCCCGCCGGAGCUCCAGGAGCACAUUUUCUCCGGCAUCCGCCGCCUCCUCUCCUCCUUCUCCAACCAGCUCACCAUGGUCAUCGACGAGUUCGACGGCCUCGACCCAAACGACAUCUACCAGUCCGCCGAGUCCUACCUCGGCCCCAAAAUCAGCCCCAACACCCGCCGCCUCAAAAUCAGCCGCCCGGAAAAGGAAAACCACUACAAAAUCGCCAUGGAGAAGGACGAGGAAAUCGUGGACAACUACGCCGGCGCGGAAUUCAAGUGGGCGUGGAUUUGUACGAAAACCGAGACAAAAUCAUUCUACAACCCACGCGACAUGAAUUCCACCCUCAAAUCGGAGGUCCGCUCGUUCGAACUCAGUUUCCACAGACGGCACAAGGAUUUGGUCGUGAACUCAUAUUUGCCCCACAUCGCGGCCGAGGCCAAGAGGGAAAAGCUCGAGAAACGGACGCUCAAGAUCCACACACUCGACCAAGAGAAGCUGAUGUACGAUGACGUCAACAACGUGUGGACGCCGGCGACUUUCGACCAUCCGGCGACGUUCGACACGCUGGCAAUCGAUCCGGAGCAGAAGGGGAUGAUUUUGCGGGAUCUGGAGAGGUUUCUAGGGCGGAGGGAGUUUUACCGGAAAGUGGGCAAGGCGUGGAAAAGGGGGUAUUUGCUGUACGGGCCGCCGGGGACUGGGAAAUCGAGCCUGAUUGCUGCCAUAGCCAACUAUCUGAAGUUCGAUGUGUACGAUUUGGAGCUGACGGAGCUGCAGAAGAACUCAGAUCUGAGGAAGCUGAUGGUGGGGACGGCCAAUCGGUCGGUGCUGGUGACAUUAUCGGGUUUCCUCAACUUCAUCGACGGCUUGUGGUCGAGCUGCGGAGAAGAACGGAUCAUAAUAUUCACGACCAAUCACGUGGAGAAGCUCGACCCGGCCCUACUCCGGCCCGGCCGAAUGGACAUGCACAUAAACCUCUCGUAUUGCAGUCCGAGUGGUUUUCGGCUGCUGGCCUCCAACUAUCUUGGGAUCAAAGAACACACUCUGUUUGGGGAAAUCGAGGAUUUGAUUCGGAAAGCAAACGUGACUCCAGCUGAGGUGGCCGAGGAACUGCUCAAGGACGAUGAUGUCGAUUCUGCCCUAAAAGGGUUGAUUGAUUUCUUUCAUAGGAAAGUGAAGAAAAAUGAAGAGGAUGACAAGGUGAUGAAAACAGAGUCAGAGUCAGAGUCAGGGGAGAAGAAAGAGAGUGGUGAAGAAAAUGGUGGAAGGGAGGGAAAUUUGAAAAUGAGACUGCGUCACGAAAAAUCCUCUCCGCCGCGGGCUCCAUCGCCACCACCGCCGUGGUUGUCCGCGCCGUCGCCAACGACCUCCUCCCGCCGGAGCUCCACGACCACAUUUUCUCCGGCAUCCGCCGCCUCCUCUCCGCCUUCUCCAAUCAGCUCACCAGUCACCAUGGUCAUCGACGAGUUCGACGGCUUCGACCCCAACGACAUCUACCAGGCCGCCGAAGCCUACCUCGGCCCGAAACUUUGCCUUAACGCCCGCCGCCUGAAGAUCGGCCGGGGGGAGAAUGACGAGCACUACCGAAUCUCAGCAGAGAAGGACCAGGAGCUCGUCGACACCUUCGCGGGCCAGACGUUCAAGUGGGUCUGGAUCUGUAGAGAAACCGUGGCCAGGAAGAAUUUCUUCCACCCGCGUGACUAUAACGCGACCAUCAAGUCCGAGGCCCGCUCUUUCGAGCUCACGUUCCACCGCAAGAACAGGGACCUCGUCGUGGGUUCGUACCUCCCGCACGUCGCGCGCGAGGCCAGGAGGUACAAGCUUGAGAAGAAGACGAUCAAGAUCCACACGGUGGAUUACAUGGUGGGUGACGAGUGGGUCCCGGCCAAGCUGGACCACCCGGCCACGUUCGACACGCUGGCCAUCGACCCAGAGCAGAAGGGGAUGAUUUUGCGCGAUCUGGAGAGGUUUCUUGGGAGGAGGGAGCAUUACCGGAAAGUGGGCAAGGCGUGGAAAAGGGGGUAUUUGCUGUAUGGGCCACCGGGGACUGGGAAAUCGAGCCUGAUUGCUGCCAUUGCCAACUAUUUGAAGUUCGACGUGUAUGAUCUGGAGCUGACGGAUCUGCUUGGGAACUCGUAUCUGAGGAGGCUACUGACAGCGACGGCCAAUGGUUCUAUUCUGGUGGUGGAGGACAUUGACUGUGCCGGCAGUUUGGGCAAUAGGGAUGAUUCUGAUGAGUCGCCGGAAUAUGCUGGAAUCGGGGGAGGAGAAUGCAAGGUGACACUAUCGAGUGUGCUCAACUAUGUCGACGGCUUGUGGUCGAGCUGUGGGGAUGAACGGAUCAUAAUAUUCACAACCAAUCACGCUGAGAGGCUCGACCCAGCCCUUCUCCGACCUGGCCGGAUGGACGUGCACAUAAACCUCUCUUAUUGCACUCCAAGUGGGUUUCGGCUUCUGGCCUCCAAUUACCUCGGGAUCAAAGAACACGUUCUCUUUGACAAAAUCGAGGAUUUGAUUCGAAAUGCGAAGACAACGCCAGCUGAGGUGGCCGAGGAGCUCCUCAAGGGUGACGUUGCCCAUGUUGCUCUAAAAGGGCUGAUUGAUUUCAUGCACAAGAAGAUCAAGAAAAAUGAGGAGGAUGAGAAGGUGAAAACAGAGUCAGCUAGCAAUAAAGAGAGUGAUGAGGAAAAUGGUGAAGUGGAGGAGUCCCUCGAAGAACUACACCUACACAAAUGCAGGCUGAGCCAAGUCGAGAGCAUGCGGUUUAAACGUUUGCGCACACUCAUCCUCGUGGGAGUCCAAGUCGAUGGCCGAAUUUUCAAGAAGAUAGCUUCGGGAUGCCCUUUACUCAGGCGCCUGGUCCUUUCUAUUUGUUGGGGGUCGAGAAACGUGACGCUGAGCGAGGCAGCAUCGCCUGGGCUCAAGCACUUUGCACUGUGUGAUUUCGAGAGUAUCCAAGAAGGGCGUAGAAUUGAAAUCGAUGUCCCGAAUAUCGAGACUGUCUAUGCUGGAGAAUAUGGAAAAGACCAAGGAAAUUGGCAGGGAAGAUUGAUAAUGUACAUUGGUUUAAAAUCGAUAAGAUGUUGGCCGCUUUGCGGCAACAUGUUACAGAGCAUGUCAAGACCAUGGCGCCACAGAGGAUCAACUCGCCCCAACCUCGAUUCUUCCCAAAAAUUGUUCAACACUACACAACAAACCUUCGUCUCCGUAGUCGAUCGAACCCUACAAGGAUACGGUGAUCAAAACCUCUCCAUACACAAACUCCAUCUCGACUUAUCAUGUCCUGUCUCACGACCGGUCAUGUCCCUUCUCAACAAAUGGAUCCCGAUGAUACCCGCCCUCAACAUAAAAUCGGUCAAAAUCAACUCUCGUUCAUAUACUCUGCCAUAUUAUGGCCUGCCUUCGACAAUGGUCAUAGCCGAGUCCCUCGAAGAACUACACGUGAGAAAUUGCAGGCUGAGUCCGGUCAAGAGAGUGUGGUUUAAAAGUCUGCGCACACUCACCCUCGAACAGGUGUUGGAGGACAUUGACUGUGCUGGCAGUUUGGGCAAUAGGGAUGAUUAUGAUGAGUCGUCGGAAUAUGCUGGAAUCGGGGGACGAGUAGGCAAGCUCAGGAUCAAAGAACACGUUCUCUUUGACGAAAUCGAGGAUUUGAUUGGAAAUGCAAAGGCAACGCCAGUUGAGGUGGCCGAGGAGCUUCAUAAGGGUGAGGAUGCCCAUGUUGCUCUAAAAGGACUGAUUGAUUUCAUGCACAAGAAGAUCAAGAAAAAUGAGGAGUAUGAGAAGGUGAAAACAGAGUCAGUUGGCAAGAAAGAGAGCGGUGAGGAAAAUGGUGAAGUGGAGGAGACUCUGGAAAAGCUCUGA